AUGGAAUCCCUGACGCAGCCCCCAAAACUGCAGAGCUCCAUAUCCCUGGCGUUCUUCUCCUUCGCCGCCGUCUUCCUCGUCUUCUCUCUUUUGCUGGUGGUGCUCCGGUGGCGGAGGUGGUGCACCUGCGACAUCUGCUGCGCAUACAUGUCCUCCAGCUGGGCCGACGAGGGCUUCGAGAAUCUCGUCGACUGGCACGCCCACCUCCUCCGCCAAUCGCCGACGCGCACCAUCCACAUCCACGUGCUCGGCAACACCAUAACUGCGGAACCGGCUACCGUUGAGCACAUGCUCAAGACCCGGUUCGACAACUACCCCAAGGGAAAGACCUUCUCGUCCAUUCUCGGCGAUCUCCUCGGCCGCGGCAUCUUCGCCGUCGACGGCGAUUCCUGGCUCUUCCAGCGGAAGAUGGCCAGCCUCGAGCUCGGCAGCGUCUCCGUCCGCUCGUACGCCUUCCAGAUAAUCUCUGGCGAGCUCCGCCACCGCCUCCUCCCCCUGCUGUCGUCCGUUGCGAACUCUCCCCACCAGGCAGGAAGCUGCUCCGUCAUCGACUUGCAGGACGUGUUCCGCCGCUUCUCGUUCGACACCAUCUGCAAGAUCUCUUUCGAUGUCGACCACAGAUGCCUGGAGCUCGGUCAGCCGCUAUCGGAGUUUGCGGUUGCCUUCGACAAGGCCUCGAGGCUGUCCGCUUCACGGGCCCUCUCGCCCUCGCCUCUUGUGUGGAAGCUGAAGCGCCUUCUCAACCUGGGUUUGGAGAAGGAGCUCAGACGGGCUAUCCGUCUUGUCGACGUCCUGGCACGGGAAGUCAUCCGGCAGCGGCGGAACGGUGGGGCGUCGGCCUCCGGCAGGGACCUCCUCAGUCGUUUCCUCGGUUCCACAGACGACGAGCAGUACCUCCGGGACAUCGUUAUCAGCUUCCUUCUCGCCGGCCGCGACACCGUCGCCUCUGGACUCACCGCUUUCUUCUUCCUCCUCUCCAAGCACCCCCACGUGGAGGCCAAGAUAUUGGAAGACAUAAGCCGAGCCACGGCCAGAGGAGGUAUCGAAGAUGAGACUUGUGAGGAAGGAGGAGUUUCAAAGGAGCGAGAACCGACUUUCGAGCAGCUCGGGAGGAUGGAGUACUUGCACGCGGCUUUGUACGAGAGCAUGCGGGUUUACCCGCCGGUGCAGUUCGACUCUAGGUUCGCCGUGGAGGAUGACAUCCUCCCUGAUGGCACCUUCGUUCGGAAGGGCACUCGUCUGACGUACCAUGCUUAUGCCAUGGGACGAAUGGAGGAGAUAUGGGGAGAGGACUGCUUAGAGUUCCGGCCCGAGAGGUGGUUCGAUAAGGAUGGAGUCUUCAUGCCGCAGAGCCCCUUCAGGUACUCAGUCUUCCACGCUGGCUCGCGGAUCUGCGUCGGCAAGGAGCUGGCGGUGACGGAGAUGAAGAGCGUGGUGGCGGCGGUCGUCCCGCGGUUCAGAGUGGAGGCCCUUGUCGACGGUCCUACUCCCAAGUUCGCGUCUGGGCUCACCGCUUCUAUCGUCGGAGGCCUCCCUGUCGUCGUCCGGGCCCGCCACCCCACGGAAUGCAGAUCAGGAUGA